UCCCGUUUCUCUUCAUUGCUGGUUACUCACACCAAGCAGCUCACAGCCAAAGAGCUCCUCUGUCCCCUCCACGCUGACCGGGCUUUACACCACAACUUUGCCCCUGAAAAAAAAUUGAGAUUACCAGAAGAAUUCAUUGCUCAAGUUUAAAGGAGAGUUGUGACACAGAGGAAGAGGAGCAACGGCUUUCAUUCAGCACCACCUUAAAGGUGCCGGUUUAAAGGUCUCCAGUUUAUAACAGAUCUGAAUUCCGGAAGCAGCUAUGGUUCAGAGCAACGGGGAGAACGCACAAAGGAACCAAAGAGGUCUCCACCAGAUCCGGUCCGCGAUCCAGACCCGGUCCCUGUUGGCCAAGAAGAGAGUGGAGAACAUCACCAAGAGUGAUGUGAAGGGAUUUUUCACUCGAAAUGCCUUUGUCCUCUUAACCGUCGCUGCUGUAAUUCUUGGCAUUGCACUUGGAUUUGCCCUGCGACCUUAUAAGUUGUCUUACCGCGAGGUGAAGUACUUCUCCUUCCCCGGGGAGCUGCUGAUGCGAAUGCUUCAGAUGCUGGUUCUGCCCCUGCUUGUUUCCAGCCUCAUCACAGGUAUGGCCGCUCUGGAUGGCCGUGCUUCUGGGAGAAUGGGGAUGAGGGCGGUGAUCUACUACACCACCACGACCGUCAUUGCCGUGUUCAUCGGUAUCGUCCUGGUUCUCAUCAUCCACCCUGGAAAAGGAUCAAAGGAUGAGUUCAUCAAACAGCCGAUUGAGCAGAUCAACCCAGCCGAUGCCUUCCUGGACCUCAUCAGAAACAUGUUUCCUCCGAAUAUUGUGGAGGCUUGCACCAAACAGUUCAAGACGCAGUAUGCCAAGAGAGUAGUCCACGUGACGAUGACAGUGAACGACACAGUAGUCACACUCAACGGCAGCCAGGUGAUCACCCGGGAGGAGAUGAUCCCAGUCCCGGGGUUGGUUAAUGGGGUCAACGCGCUGGGCCUGGUGGUGUUCUCCAUCUGCUUCGGUCUGAUCAUCGGGGGCAUGAGGGAGAAGGGCCAGCCCCUCAAGGACUUCUUUGACUGUCUCAAUGAAGUCAUCAUGAGGCUGGUCGCCAUAAUCAUGUGGUACGCCCCCAUUGGUAUCCUGUUCCUGAUUGCCGGGAAGAUCGUGGAGAUGGACGACAUCGCAGACAUGGGCGGCCAGCUGGGAAUGUACACGGUGACAGUCAUUUGCGGCCUGCUCAUCCACGCCGUAAUUGUCCUGCCGACGCUCUACUUCCUCGUCACCAGGAAGAACCCUUUUGUUUUUAUCGCCGGGCUGCUGCAGGCUCUCAUCACUGCCCUGGGAACAUCUUCAAGUUCGGCCACGCUGCCCAUCACUUUUAAAUGCCUGGAGGAAAACAACAAGGUGGAUAAGCGCGUCACCCGUUUUGUGCUCCCUGUCGGCGCCACCAUAAACAUGGACGGCACUGCGUUAUAUGAAGCCCUGGCUGCCAUCUUUAUUGCUCAGGUCAACAAUUACGACCUUAACUUUGGACAAAUUCUCACCAUCAGUAUCACGGCUACAGCAGCAAGUAUUGGAGCAGCUGGAAUCCCUCAGGCAGGGCUGGUCACCAUGGUGAUAGUGCUAACGUCUGUAGGCCUUCCCACUGAUGACAUCACACUCAUCAUUGCAGUCGAUUGGUUCCUGGACCGAUUGCGCACCACCACCAACGUCCUCGGAGACUCCAUCGGUGCAGGUAUUGUGGAACAUCUGUCUCGCCACGAGUUGCAGAAGGACCCCGAGGUGGGCAACUCGGUGGUGGAGGAGGUAAACAAGAAGCCGUACCGGCUCAUCUGCCAGGAGAAUGAGUGUGAUAGAGAGAGGCCCGUUGACAGCGAGACCAAGAUGUAGAUUCUUAUCUGAAGCUGUCCACAUUGGCAGGAAAACUAUUGCACUGCAUCAAAUCACAUUUUCAAACUAUGCUCGCCUUCAUUUGCCCUACCGUCACAAAUUUGGGGGGUUUGAAAUGAAUUGAUCUACAGCUAGAAUAUUUUUCCGCCAAGAUGUGUAAGAUGUAGUGUGGUCUUUUGUGGCACACCUUUGACUUGAAAUGGUCUGCUGUUGCAUUGUCUUCUUUAGGGUUUACAGUAUGAUGCUGGGUACAAUAUCUCGCAUAGGUAGGCUGCUGUUCACUACUAAGACAUUAAGACAUACUAAGAAAUACUUUAAGGCCUGAUGGUCCAUGGCUUUCAUGCCACAACUCCUCUCAGAACUGUGAUGACUAAUCUCCCCCACUAGAGGUCAGUAUUGCUGUGCGCUAAUAUGCACACAGCAGUUUAUAGCCCAUAUAUGCAAGGCUUUGUUGUUAUCGUUUUUCUUUUGUUUUAGCGUGUUGUGAGUGAAAUUGUUCUUCUGAAAUGGUUGUACAAAUCCAGCUACUUUCUGAGAAAAGGGCUGCUUUUUUUUUACCAACUUCUGUACGCACAUGAGUGGCUUUAUUUGAGUUGUGGUACCUUUCAAUGACUGAGUGCGUGAUGUAAUUUACCCGUAGGCAAACGUACUUUUUAAAUCAGUCAGUGCUAUCAUAAUAUCUAUUAUUUUUUUUUUAAGUAUUCCUCAAACCAAUCAUUACAAUCAUGAAGGUGGACAAACCAAAAUCAUUUUUACCCCCUACAUUUGAAAGCAUAACCAAAUUAGAAUUGUAAACCAUUAUAUUUCAACCAAAAAAACACAAAGAAACGUACCAAAUUUCUAUAUAGUUUCCUUAUACCAUACUGGACCAUGCUUAAACAUGCGCAAUAGUCAGUACUGCUUCAAUGGAAAUAUAGUAGGUAUUUUAUUGCUUUAUUACAAUCUGAUGAAAAGGCUGAGUUGAUCCCUCGGGUCCUCUGCAAUGGACAUGGGAUAAAACUAUUGAAUUGAAAUAUUUACAUGGCAAUAUGAAAUAUUUUUAAUUCAAUAAAUAAAACAGUACUCAGUAGUUUGGAUAGUUAACUUUAAAUUGUAUAUCUUCUUUAUUUAGAUAUGUCAAAUGAAUGUUUUUUCAGUUGCUUUAAUAUGGAUGCAUGUUGUAAAGUAAAAUAUUUCAGAUAAUUCCACAAACAGUUUGUUUUAGCUCGCUUGGGCUUGAGUUAAUUCAGCAUAUGUAACAAUGUAUAGGUUGCUUUGUAUAGAAGGUUAUUUGUAAUAUACUGUGCUUGUAUAGAUACAUGCAGAAACAUAUGUACAUUAAUUGUAGAUUCAAAAUUGUAAAAGGUUACCUGAGGAUUGCGUAUGUAAAGAUGUUGUAACCAUACUAAACAAACCUCAUGACCAAACUAACAAUCCCUCUAGUUCCUUAUGCUAAUGAAAAAAAUGGCUGAUAUAAAGGACCAAAUGUUUUUGUCCUUUACAUACUUGGAAAAUGGAAUAGUUCCAAUGUUUACAGAUCCAGGUGUCUCUCUUGAGAUGAUUGUUUCUUUCAUGACUUCUCUCACACACACACACACACACACACACACACACACACACACACACACAUGAUUGAACAAAAGCUGUAGUUUUAUCUUGCAUGGAUUUUUAUGAAUAAAAUAAAUAAACUCA